CGUUUCCUGGAGUUCCUGGGCUGGAGCAUGGGCCAUUAGAAUGCUGGGGUCCAUUCUUUUUCUUAGAAUUUCUACACCUGCUGCUUCAACUAUGAUGACGCCUGCUGCAUGAACACCAGCUGGUUUAUUAAAUUUCCUUUUUGGACAUCAAUUGGGGCCCCCUUCCCAUUUUUUUUAGUUUGGCAAAUCAGUAUUUUAUCCCCUUCUGAAGCUCAAGAAGAACGGGCAAUCUCCCGCUUCGUUUGUCUGCUUAUUAUUCGUCAUUAGCUGGUGUUUCAUUAUCGACUGCACGUGUAACAAUUGUUCUUAGUCGCCUCUUCAUUUGCAUUGUGUAAGCUGUGACGGAGUGUUUUUUAUGCUGCCCCAAACAUAAACUGGCGGAAGAAGAUUUCUGCCUUCGUGAAAAAUAAUCACUUGUUUGGCUCUCUGAAAAACAAUGUGAAAAGAGGGUUUCUUGUUAGUGUCAAUCAUGCAAGUAACAACUUCAGCAAUUGAUCCUUCUCUGAUGGCCAGAGUAGAGUUCGGUGCUCUUGCACACAAUUGCCUCGGAUCAUCUCUCUGCUUUGAUUUUGGAGUCACAUCUGGUGAUAUAUCUGCUGUCGAAGUUAGUUAGUUCAGGCCAGGCACAAGGUUAAUCAAUUUGAGUACCCACAGAUGGUUCAUCACGCGACAAAUGAGGCAACAGCAAAUGAAGCCAGCACCACCACGCAGCCUCCCUCCUAUAACCCAUCUCAAGCCCCAUUGGUCUACAAGGUCGGCUAUCCUCCUCAGAAGAACUUCACCAGAGAAUUUACAGACAGAUUGAGGGAGACUUUCUUCCAUGACAACCCACUACGGCAACACAAGGACCAAUCUGGAUCAACAAAAUUCAUGAUGGGGUUGCAGUUCAUGUUUCCAGUCUUUGAGUGGGGCAGGAACUACAACUUUAGCAAGUUCAAAGGUGAUCUGAUUGCCGGAUUGACCAUUGCAAGUCUCUGCAUUCCUCAGGAUAUUGGUUAUUCAAAGCUCGCUAAUUUGGAUCCGCAGUAUGGGCUUUACUCUAGCUUCAUCCCCCCAUUGAUAUAUGCUGCAAUGGGUAGCUCAAGGGAUAUAGCAAUUGGACCAGUUGCGGUGGUGUCUCUUUUACUAGGUUCACUUCUACAAAAUGAGGUUGACUCUAUCAAAAACAAGGAGGAAUACUUGCGUCUUGCUUUUACGGCAACCUUCUUUGCUGGUAUCACUCAAGCAACUCUGGGAAUUCUAAGGUUAGGUUUCCUCAUUGAAUUCUUGUCGCAUGCUGCAAUUGUUGGAUUCAUGGGGGGCACAGCCAUUACCAUUGCCCUGCAGCAGCUGAAACUUGUGUUGGGUAUCAGGAACUUUACAAAGAAAACUGACAUAGUUUCUGUUAUGGAGUCUGUUUGGGGUUCAGUUCAUCAUGGGUGGAACUGGCAGACAGUUGUGAUCGGCAUAGCUUUCCUGACAUUUCUUCUGUUUGCGAAGUACAUUGGGAAAAAGAAUAAGAAGCUAUUUUGGGUGCCAGCUAUUGCUCCGAUAACUUCAGUUAUUCUCGCUACCCUUUUUGUGUACAUUACUCGUGCGGACAAGCAAGGCGUUCAGAUAGUGAACCACAUCAAAAAGGGAAUCAACCCAUCAUCCAUACACAAGAUUUAUUUCACUGGUCCAUUUGUCGCAAAAGGUUUUAAGAUUGGUGUUGUUUGUGGCAUGAUCGGUUUGACAGAGGCUGUGGCGAUUGGAAGGACGUUUGCUGCCCUGAAGGACUACCAGUUAGAUGGAAACAAGGAGAUGGUAGCACUUGGAACAAUGAACGUUGUAGGCUCAAUGACGUCUUGUUAUAUCACAACAGGUUCUUUCUCUCGUUCGGCAGUCAAUUUCAUGGCUGGAUGCCAAACGCCAGUAUCUAAUGUGGUUAUGUCAACGGUUGUGCUUCUCACCUUGUUGGUCAUCACACCACUCUUCCAGUAUACACCAAAUGCGAUCCUUGGGUCGAUCAUUAUUUCUGCUGUGAUCGGGCUCGUGGACUAUGAAGCAGCAAUCCUCAUUUGGAAAGUUGACAAAAUGGAUUUUAUCGCUUGCAUGGGAGCAUUUUUCGGUGUGGUUUUCGCAUCUGUUGAGAUAGGUCUCUUGAUCGCUGUAUCAAUCUCAUUUGCCAAAAUACUUCUUCAAGUAACAAGGCCAAGGACUGCACUGCUUGGGAACCUUCCAGGCACCACAAUAUACAGGAACACCGAUCAGUAUCCAGAUGCAAGACAUGUUCCUGGGGUGCUAAUAGUGAGGGUUGAUUCUGCUAUCUAUUUUUCCAACUCCAAUUAUGUGCGGGAGAGAAUUCUUAGGUGGUUGUCCGAUGAAGAAGACAAAGCCAAGGCUGAGGGACUGCCUAAAACGAAUUUCCUGAUAAUAGAAAUGUCACCGGUUAUAGAUAUCGAUACAAAUGGCAUCCAUGCUCUUGAAGAUCUGUACAAGGGUCUUCAGAAGAGAGAGAUUCAGCUCAUUCUAUCAAAUCCUGGCUCCGUCGUCAUCGAGAAGCUCCACUCAUCCAAACUGACCGAGCACAUCGGAAGCAACCACAUUUUCCUCUCAGUCGCUGACGCUGUGCGGUUUUGCACUUCAAAGUCGAUGCAAGAGCCUUGAACUACAAUGGAUUACGGCAGGCACAUGUACCCUAGUAUAUGUAUCAUGUGAUGAUGAUACAAGAUUGCAAAUGAUAGGUAUAUGUAGUUUCGAAGGCUAUGCUUGCUGUUGCUUAAGGCAAAAGCGGGCAAUAGUGUUUCAAAUAGCUGUAGUUCUGUUGUAUCUCCCCCCCCCCCCCCCGCGCCCAACACCAAAAACAGCUGCUGUAGUUAUGUUGUUGUGAACAUUAUUUCUAUCCUUGUAUAAAAUAGAUGGGUUAAGUUACAUAUUUGAACAUCUUUACGGUAUAUCUUACAUGAUCAAAGUUAGUUCCUCA